AUGCGUGUUAUGCGCAGCGAUCCAGUAGCAGAGAGGGGUAACGAAUUUUGAGCAGGCGAUCUUUUGAACGGAAGUGUAGACAGAAUAAGGCAUUCUCAUACAUUCGCACUUUGACGUCCAGCCUGUGCAGUCAAGCCGGCGAUUUUCAUCUCAAUUUUUAUUUUUUGUUUUCUGCGGAACCAUAUUUGUUUUACUCCAGCCCUGUGGAAGAUUUCUAGGAUUCAAAGAUGGGUGUUAUAUUCUAUCUCACCAUUGCGCUAACUGCAAUGUUAGCGACGCUAUCUCAAGCCCAACGUGCGCAAGCCCCUCUUGACACGACCGGUAAGGAGUUCGUCUUCGCCUUCCAGAGUAAUUUUCAGAACAAGAGACCAGACAAGCUAUCCCUGCUGAUAGGAGCCAAUGAACCAGGACUUACAAGGGUUCAGAUUGAAGCACCAAACUUUAACUGGCAGCAGACUGUACAGCUACAGCACAAGCAGGUAAGGAACGUCGAUAUUAAUCCAGACGUUGCUGCUCGAGGGGCUGGGCCAGUCAACGGUACCCUGAUCGUAAGGGCCACCAAAGAUGUGUCAAUCAGUGGGCUCAACUCGCUCACCAUGACAAACGAUGCCUUCUUGGCUAUCCCAACUCAUGGUCUUGGUCAGGAAUACUAUGUGGCAUCUUACGACCCGGUCCCUAUCGAAAUGUCACAGUUCCUGAUCACAGGUAUCCAGCCUGAUACAUCCGUAAAGAUCGUCCUUCAAGCCAGGCUUCAACAUAACUCACAAUGGUACAGCAAGGGACAAACCCUGACCGUCAAUGUAGGAAAGUACCAGUCCAUCCAGUUCCAGAGUCAGGAAGAUCUUACAGGAACAAAGAUCACAUCCACCAAGCCCCUCAGCGUCAUGUCUGGAGCUUCUUGCACUCUCGUCCCAACCCAAGUGUACAGAUGCGACCAUCUUGUGGAGCACCUGCCACCUUUCAACACAUGGGGUAAGAGAUUUACCCUCCUACCAUUCUCCAACCGAUCCGGUGGUUUCAUCUUUAGAAUCAUCGCUGGUCGUCCAUCAACUACAGUACACAUCAUGGGUAAUAAUGUCCAACUCCAGUUCGAAGGUAGCUUCAGGGAAUUCAAUCAACCAGCUUCACUAAAGACCACACUCCAGUCAGACAAACCCAUCAUGGUUGUCCAGUACGCCAAGGGAAUGCAGAAGGAUAACAACGGAGAUCCCUUCAUGACCCUCAUCCCACCUGUCGAGCAGUACAUGGAGAAGGAGAUCACCUUCGGUUCUUUCAAUCAGUCAGGAACAGACAUGCUCAACAUGUUUGCCGGAGUGUCCUUCACCUCACCAGCUCUCUUCACCAUGAGUCUCAACGGAAAGCCAGCAUUUGAACCCAGUACGGGAAUCCCAGGCACCGGUAUCUCGAGAACAUUCACAGCUGACGCAACCGUUCCCCUUGACGACGUCCGAAACAUCCUGACAAAUUACGAGAAGGAUGUUCGUUUCAUGGCCGUCAUCUACGGGUUCGCCAGUGGCACAUCCUUUGGUUACCCAGCGGCUUAUCAGCUUAGGCAACUCACAUGUACCCGACCUGGAAGGCAGGGUCCAGAGGCCGAGUAUGAUUGCCCAGAAACACACCGACGUCCCCGACCCACUGCACCUGUUGUACCCGUAGGGCCCGGUGGAGGCGGCGACGGCGCAGCUAUGACAGGUUGUACGUCAAAGGGUGUAGUCGUGCUCGCAGCCAUUCUUCCAGCUCUUAUUGUAUUUAUAAUCAUGGUGAUCAUCCUCGUCUUCGUUCUCUACAGGAAUCCAUCGUCGCCGGAACUCCAAAAGUUCAAAAUGUUUUUUAGGGUAAACCCCCGAGAGCGGACUAUAUCUAGGUGUUCGUUCGUCAGAAACGGAAGUCUAUGAUCUAAUACUUGAUAGAAGAAUGAGGAGAAAGUUUUAACCCGUCUUUCAACGUUCCUGAAGUGCAAUACAACGGAUAUCUCUACUAUAGUAGUCUCAUCAAAUUAAACACAACAAAAUGUUGGACCAUGUGGAAAUAAUUAUCUUAAAUAACCUACAGCUUGAUACAGAGUAGAACCAAAUGGAGAGUUGUUCUCCGCUCAUGAUCGCUCGAAAAAUCAGUGUCUUUCCAAAAGCAAACUGUACAUAGGCUUUAUAUUCCAACAAUCGUUUUAUUUGUUGUUUUUCUUGGUUUGGAUAUGUGGUGCUAAAUAUUUGUACAAAUUGUAACAAAAUUGUAAGAUAGAUGGUCAACCACGAACAAAAAAAAUACAAUGAGCUGCCUUGGUUUUUUAAUACAAAAUAUCUUUUUGUCUAAAACAUGGUAAUGUCGUACCAAUUUCUAUUUGGUAAUCUAUUUCUCGUCAUUGAAGAUAAAGCGUUAUUUUAAGAAAAAUGUGUUAUUAGAAAGUUGGAAUAAUAGUAUUUGAUUUUAGCGGUGUACAUACAAUGAAAGAAUAUCUAUAUAUAGAAAUAUUAGAUUCAAUGUUUUCUUUAUUUUCUUGUUUGUUUUCUGUUUCUUUUUUCCUUUGAUUCACGAAAGGAAUUGAUGACUAUUUUCGAUCAAACUUGUGCAAGUUAUUUUGUUGUUGUUUUCGUUUAAUUUUGUAAAUAUACUUGUUUUUCUCUACGUGUGUAUUGAGUCUGUAGAAAUAAACUUUUGUAUAGAUUACUGUAAGGAUUUUUAUUUAGUAUAGUACAUCUAUAGAUGGGUUCAUAUAAAAGGGAUUAUGAAAAGUUAAGUUCUCAUGUUUCGGAAUUCAUUAUUUUUACAUAGGCUACGUGUAAAAUACAUUGCACCUAAAGUUAUUAUAAGAGGUACACCAUUCUUCCGAAGCUACACAUUCUAAUUGUUUAGGGUAUAUCAUUACCAAUUAUAGAAACGUCAAUUAUUGAAAUGGUCUUAGUUCACUAAAUGCACAGUUGAUUAUGCAAUGUCUUAGAGAACAGGAUGUGUGCAUUCCACGAUUUCAAAGUGUGUAUGUUUGUAUCGAUUUUAUACAAAAUAACAUGAUGAAAUGAAAAACCCAAUAAAUGUUUUAUUUCUUA